GACGCAGGCCAUUUUCGAUUAGGAAGCGGAACUGGUCAACGAUUAUUUCCACUGAAAUAUCUCUUCUUCAUGGAACCCUAAUUCACACAUUUGCAAUCGAAUCCCCAAUUUUUUUCCAUAAUGUCAGCUAUACCAUUCAUUUCUCAUUGAUUAUUGAUUGUUGUUGUUCAAUUUUUAAGUUGAAGAGUGAGUGAGUAUUGAUGGAGGGAAAUUCGAGUGGUGGCGGUGGCGGUGGUGGUGGAAACGACGUAGAGUUGCUGUGCAAGACGUUACAGGUAGAACACAAGCUUUUCUAUUUCGACCUGAAGGAGAAUCCACGUGGACGAUACCUGAAAAUCUCGGAGAAAACGUCGGCAACAAGGUCUACUAUAAUUGUACCAUUCAACGGCAUCUCAUGGUUCCUUGAUCUCUUCAAUUACUAUGUCAAUUCAGAUGACCAGGACGUCUUUAGCAAAGAACUCCAGCUUGAUACCAAGGUGUUUUACUUUGAUGUAGGGGAGAAUAGGCGAGGGCGCUUUCUGAAGGUCUCUGAAGCAUCUGUUAGCAGGAACCGUAGUACCAUUAUUGUUCCAGCAGGAAGUGCCCGGGAUGAGGGAUGGGCAGCAUUUAGGAAUAUUUUGGCAGAGAUUAACGAAGCCUCAAGGCUAUUUAUUUCGCCCAAUCAGCAGACUUCGGAAACCUCAGAGCGUCUUGGGCUUUCAGAUGAUGUAGGAGCUGGUUUUAUAUCCAGUCACUCUUCUCAAUCUGCCCCCACAGCUGAUUUGACUGUAGAACGGACCAUUGAUUUGCCAGCAGCUGACGAAGUUAGUAACCUGGGGGUCUCCAAAGUAAUCAGGGUUGACCAGAAGAGGUUCUUCUUUGAUCUUGGGAAUAACAAUCGGGGCCAUUUCUUACGAAUAUCUGAGGUAGCAGGUUCUGAUCGCUCUUCAAUAAUUCUUCCCCUUUCUGGCCUGAAACAGUUUUAUGAAAUGGUGGGUCACUUUGUAGAGAUAAGCAAAGAUCGCCUCGAAGGAAUUACAGGUGCAAAUGUUCGGACAAUUGACUCCCCGCAGAGAUGAUUGGUGAUGACUGGUUGUCUAAGGCGUGGAACCAUGUACUGCAGAUAAUGGGCGGACAACUGUGAUUCCUGUGUUAAUUUUCUGCCUGGUCAUUGCGUGUUUCAAGUUGAAUAAAAUGGUAUCCCUGUUAUAAGCUGGAAAUAUGAAGUCAAAUGUCAAUCAUCAAUAGGAGGGGAAUAAGAGAAUAAGCCAUUAUGUAAGCUGAAGGAUUAUAGCAUAAAAUGGCACACUCGUAUUCAAUUUCAUCUUUGCUAUUUUAGGUGUGAUUUAAGCUUCUUCUAUGUGUGAGAAACUCUCCGCUAUGGCUUGGGCUAAACAUAAUCCUAGGUUGCUGCUAAGUUUGGUUAUUCAAUAUCACGAAUUGUUUGAA